AUGGGAAUUGACCUCGACCGCCACCAUGUUCGAGACGGGCACCGCAAGGUCCCCAAGUCCACCAACCCCUACGUCAAGCUGUUGGUGCGUCUGUACAAGUUCCUGGCUCGCCGCACCGAUGCCCCCUUCAACAAGACCGUUCUGCGACGCCUCAUGAUGUCCAAGACCAACCGUCCCCCGGUCUCCCUCUCCAAGAUCGUCUCCAACGCCAAGGGACACGACGGCAAGACCAUUGUCAUCGUCGGUACCGUCACUGACGACAACCGCAUGCUCGAGCUCCCCAAGCUCUCCGUUGCGGCUCUCCGCUUCACUGCCUCCGCUCGCGCGCGCAUUGAGAAGGCUGGUGGUGAGACCCUCACCAUCGACGAGGUUGCCACUCGCUCCCCCACUGGUUCCAACACCCUCCUCCUCCGUGGACCCAAGAACGCCCGUGAGGCUUUCAAGCACUUCGGCUUCGGUCCCCACUCUGGCAAGAAGCCUUACGUCGAGAGCAAGGGCCGCAAGUUCGAGCGUGCCCGUGGUCGCAGAAGGUCUCGUGGUUUCAAGGUCUAA